ACGUCACCCAGUCACCGGCACAGGGCAGGGAGAGAGGGCAGCAGAGAGGGCAGAGGCCACCACUGGCAGAUAGCGACCCGGCGGCGGCGGAGACAUGGAGGGGGCAGUGCAGGCGGCAGAGAGGAAGAUCCUGGUGCUGUUCGGCAGUCAGACCGGGACGGCGGAGGACGUGGCGGAGAGAGUCGGUAGAGAGGCCAGAUGUAGACAUUUCGCCUGUAGAGUGGAAUCUAUAGAUGGCUACAAUGUUGCAAAUCUCAUUCAUGAGCCGCUCGUUAUAUUUGUCUGCGCAACCACAGGACAAGGAGACCCCCCAGAUAACAUGAAAAAUUUCUGGCGGUUCAUCUUUCGCAGAAACUUGCCCCACAAUUCCCUGUGCCGGAUGGAUUACGCCGUUCUAGGACUUGGGGAUUCUUCCUAUACAAAAUUUAAUUUCAUUGCCAAGAAACUUCACAAGCGUUUCCUACAGCUCGGUGCCAGCCCUGUUCUGUCUCCGGCCCUGGGCGACGACCAGCACGAUCUAGGCCCAGAUGCUGUAGUGGAUCCGUGGUUGACAGAUCUGUGGAGUAAGGUCCUCUCCUUAUAUCCCCUGCCUCCUGGUUGCAACAUCAUUGGCGAUGAUGUCUUGUUACCCCCAAAGUUUACUUUCCGCUACCUGAACAAAGAGGCGGCAUCAUGCGACGAUGUGGAUAGAGAUGGCAUCGGGGAGACGCCCACGGAACUGCACCCAUUCCAUGCCCCGCUGGUGUCCAACCAGCGCGUGACGUCGGAGGACCACUUCCAAGACGUGCGUCUAAUCGAGUUCGACAUCGCCGGGUCUGGCGUUCAGUUCUCUCCUGGAGAUGUGGUGAUGAUCCAGCCUCAGAAUUCCCCCCAGGACGUGCAGCAGUUCUGUUCCCUCCUCCGGCUCAGCCCAGACACAGUGUUCGUCCUGGAGCCCCGAGACUCGGGCACGCCAGUCCCCCCACAGCUACCUCAGCCCUGCACGAUGCAGCACCUGGUGGAGAGAUACCUGGAUAUUCACAGUGUUCCCCGCCGCUCGUUCUUCUACUUCCUCUCCUUCUUCUCUCAAGAUGAGCAGGAGAGCGAGAAGCUGAAGGAAUUUUGCUCCGCUGCCGGUCAGGACGAGCUUUAUUCUUACUGCAACCGGCCCCGGCGGACCACCCUGGAGGUUCUGUUUGAUUUCCCGCACACAACCUGCAAUAUUCCUGCUGAUUACCUCCUGGACCUCAUCCCUCGAAUCCGUCCCAGAGCAUUCUCCAUUGCAUCAUCCAUGCAGGCUCAUCCCGACAAGCUGCAGAUCCUAAUGGCCGUGGUACAGUACAAAACGAGGAUACAGGAAGUCCGGCGUGGCCUGGGCUCUACGUGGCUCGCCUCCAUCCGUCCCGAGGAUGGUAAGCAGGUCCCUCUAUGGGUGAAAACAGGGAGUAUGAAGUUCCCCAGUGACUCGGACACCCCACUGGUAAUGGUGGGGCCGGGGACUGGCGUGGCUCCCUUCCACGCAGCCAUACAGGAGAGAGCGACGCAGUCCAAACCAGGCUGCUGUUUGUUCUUUGGCUGCAGAGGAAAAACAAAAGAUUUUUAUUUCCAGGAAGAGUGGGAGGAUUUGAGUAAGAGAGGACUCCUGACCCUAUUCACGGCCUUCAGUCGGGACCAGGAGGAUAAAAUUUACGUUCAGCAUCAGAUAAGGGAAAAUGCAGCAUUUCUAUGGGACCUGAUCAGCUCCAAGCAAGCCUACGUUUUCCUAGCCGGAAACGCCAAGUCGAUGCCAACCCAGGUAAUGGACGCCUUGAAAGACGUCUUCCAGUCGGAGGGGGCGAAAUCCGUCUCGGAGGCGGAGCAGUAUCUGGUCAUGCUGGAGAAGUGCGGACGCUUCCAGAGUGAAACCUGGUCCUAAAAUGCGACCCCCUCCCCAAUAACAUCAGCGCGGGAGCGGGCAGCUCUGAGAGAUCUUAAUACACCACCUUCAUCCUUAUUGCUGAGACUGUGCAGGAGCCGUGAGACAUAAGACUCUGACAGGAAUAACGCAGGGUUGGGUCUGUGACGCAACCCGUAACCGGAGCGAUGUCCUUAACCACUAGAAUGUUCUGGGACCACUCAAAAAUGAUUGAUUAUAAAGUUAUUCAAAUAUUUUA